AUGAUGUCCAAUCGUAAUUUGUUUGGCAAUUUAAAAAUACCAGACGUAGACACAUGUUGUGGCUGUGUGACCGACAUAAAAACAGCUGCCACUAUUAUUGCAGUACUGGGGAUCGUAACGUGUCCCCUGGUGUCAUGGGCUGUGAUUCGACACGCCUACGUGAUACGUGUGUCUUGUAUCGUCACAACCAGCUCAUCGCGCGCUGACGUUGUGGAUAUAAAUCUCAAUAAUAUCCUUAGUUUUGGCUUCGGUGCAAAUGCUGGACUCGGACCAUCAUGUAUUGUCAGGAAUAAAACGGAAACUACUCCUCCAACUUCGUUACUACGAAUGGGGUCUGCAGACGGAGAGGCCCAUUCACAAUUCGUCAGUGUUGUACGGUUUUUGGGAUGGCUGGUACUAGUUGCAGAUGCUCUCUUCCUAUUGUCCAGUAUCAAUUUAUUGGUGAAAAUGUUUCGGGGACUAGGACAACAAGCGGGAAAAUAUUUUAUAAUGUUCGGACUGCCUGCUGUUAUAUUAUCAUUUAUAUAUGGAUUGCUAUAUGUCUCAGCUUGUGUGUUUAUGGGAGGAUCGUUCCCCGUGUUUGAGUUCGUUUUUUCGCUUGUUGAUUUAUUAAUGUGGUCCUACUUUUUAAUAGUAGUGUAUUCCUACAGACGGAAACCGACGUGA